AUGCAAUACAAAGCACAACAGCAGAUACCUUGUUUUGCCCGAGUAUUUCAACUGGAUAACCACCAUGAGGGAGUUCUGCCUUGGUACACAAGGGUUUGGAUUCCUGACCCUGAUGAAGUCUGGAGAUCAGCAGAAAUUAUCAAGGAUUACAAAGAGGGAGACAAAAGCCUGCGCCUAAAACUUGAAGAUGAAACUGUCUGUGAAUAUCCCAUCGAUCUCCAAGGCAGUCAAUUGCCCUUCUUGCGGAAUCCAGAUAUUUUGGUUGGAGAAAAUGACCUGACAGCUCUAAGUUACCUCCAUGAGCCUGCAGUGCUGCAUAACCUAAAAGUCAGAUUCUUGGAAUCAAACCACAUAUAUACCUACUGUGGGAUUGUGCUUGUUGCCAUCAAUCCAUAUGAACAGUUGCCAAUCUAUGAGCAAGAUGUCAUCUAUGCGUACAGCGGCCAAAACAUGGGAGACAUGGAUCCUCACAUCUUUGCGGUGGCAGAAGAAGCCUACAAGCAGAUGGCCAGGGAUGAGAAGAACCAAUCCAUCAUCGUCAGUGGAGAGUCGGGUGCUGGAAAAACUGUCUCUGCCAAAUAUGCCAUGCGUUUCUUUGCCACUGUUGGGGGCUCUGCCAGCGACACCAAUAUCGAAACAAAGGUCCUCGCAUCCAGUCCAAUCAUGGAGGCAAUUGGAAAUGCUAAAACCACCAGGAAUGAUAAUAGCAGUCGUUUUGGGAAAUACAUUCAGAUUGGCUUUGAUAAGAGAUACCAUAUCAUCGGUGCCAAUAUGAGGACGUAUCUCCUGGAAAAGUCGAGAGUUGUGUUCCAGGCAGAAGAUGAACGAAACUACCAUAUCUUCUAUCAGCUGUGUGCCUCUGCCAGUCUUCCAGAAUUUAAAGACCUUUCCCUAACAUGUGCUGAAGACUUCUUCUACACUUCUCAGGGAGGUGACACAUCUAUCGACGGGGUGGAUGAUGCUGAUGAUUUUGAAAAAACUAGGCAUGCUUUCACUCUACUUGGAGUGAAGGAGUCUCAUCAGAUGACCAUUUUUAGGAUAAUUGCUUCCAUCUUGCACCUAGGAAAUUUGGAAAUUCAAGCAGAGCGAGAUGGAGAUGCCUGCAGUAUAUCAGUAAGUUCUAAGCAAACACCAAAGAUACUGAAUGCCCCAGCCAAGCAUAUAUAUGCCCAGCUGUUUAACUGGAUUGUGGAGCAUGUCAACAAAGCCCUCCAUACCACCAUCAAGCAGCACUCAUUCAUUGGGGUCCUGGAUAUCUACGGGUUCGAAACUUUUGAGGUGAAUAGUUUUGAACAAUUUUGUAUCAACUAUGCCAAUGAAAAGCUCCAGCAGCAGUUCAACUUGCAUGUAUUUAAGCUGGAGCAAGAAGAGUACAUGAAGGAACAAAUCCCUUGGACUCUUAUAGAUUUUUAUGACAACCAGCCCUGCAUAGACCUUAUAGAAGCUAAACUUGGUAUCUUGGACCUGCUGGAUGAAGAGUGUAAGGUUCCUAAAGGAACUGACCAGAACUGGGCCCAGAAAUUGUAUGAUAGACACUCUACCAGCCAACACUUCCAGAAACCACGAAUGUCCAACACCUCUUUCAUUGUGGUGCACUUUGCAGAUAAGGUUGAAUAUCAGUGUGAGGGAUUUCUGGAGAAAAACAGGGACACUGUAUAUGAAGAACAGAUCAACAUCCUGAAGGCCAGCAAGUAUCAGAUGGUAGCAGACUUAUUUCAUGAUGAAAAGGAUUCCAUGCCUGCUCCUCCUGUUGGAAAGGGAACCUCCUCCAAAAUCAGUGUUCGUUCUGCCAGACCCGCUGUGAAAGCUGCCAAUAAAGAGCACAAGAAAACCGUGGGACAUCAGUUCCGUAACUCCUUGCAUUUGCUCAUGGAAACGCUGAAUGCCACCACUCCACACUAUGUGCGCUGCAUCAAGCCAAAUGAUGAGAAACUCCCCUUUAAAUUUGAUCCAAAGAGAGCAGUCCAGCAGCUAAGAGCCUGUGGUGUGCUAGAGACCAUCCGCAUCAGUGCAGCUGGCUACCCAUCCAGGUGGUCCUACCAUGACUUUUUGAAUAGGUAUCGUGUUCUUAUGAAAAAGAGGGAUAUCUCUAAGAAUGACAAGAAACAAAUCUGUAAAACGCUGCUGGAAGACCUCAUUAAGGAUCCUGACAAGUUCCAGUUUGGACGUACCAAGAUCUUUUUCCGUGCAGGCCAGGUGGCAUAUCUGGAGAAACUCCGGGCAGAUAAAUUUAGAGCUGCUACUAUUAUGAUUCAGAAGACUGUGCGGGGCUGGUUGCAGAGACUGAAGUACAGAAGGAUGAAGGAGGCUGCAGUAACCAUACAGAGGUAUACACGGGGACAUCUGGCUCGCAGGUUAGCAGACCACCUAAGGAAAACAAGAGCUGCCAUCAUCUUCCAGAAACAAUAUCGAAUGCUCAGGAUCUUUCGAGCUUUCCAGAAUAUCCGCCAGGCCACUAUCACUAUUCAAGCUUUUGCUCGAGGCAUGUUUGUCAGGAGAGUUUACCACAAGAUACUCUUGGAGCACAAAGCUACCAUCAUCCAGAAACACUCCCGGGCUUGGCUGGCUCGUAAACAGUUUCUACGCCUCAGGUGUGCCACUGUGGUUCUCCAGUGCUACUACAGGCGCAUGAAGGCCAAGCAAGAGCUAAAGGCACUGAAGAUAGAGGCGCGAUCAGCAGAGCACUUAAAGAGACUCAAUAUUGGCAUGGAGAACAAGGUGGUUCAACUUCAGAGGAAGGUAGAUGAACAGAACAAAGAGUACAAGCUGCUGAACGAGCAACUCUCAGCACUUACCUCUGCCCACUCCACCGAGAUGAAGAAGCUGAAGAAGGAACUGGAGCGAUACCAGCAGAACCAGGGGGAUGGCAACCAGCUUGUUGAUUUGCAAGAAGAGAUUGAGAGCCUCCAGCUGGAACUCAAGAAAGCCCAUAGUGAAAGGAAAAUUAUAGAGGAUGCUUAUGUUAAGGAGAAGGAUCUUCUCAAGAAGCGUGUAUCAGACCUAGAAGAGGAGAAUGCUCUUUUGAAACAGGAAAAAGAGGAGCUUAACAACAGAGUCCUGUGUCAAUCUGAAGAUGAAUUUGCACGCAACACUGUUGAGGAAAAUCUGUUGAAGAAGGAGCUAGAAGAGGAAAGAUCUCGUUAUCAAAACCUUGUGAAGGAAUUUUCGAGGCUGGAGCAGAGAUAUGACAAUUUGAGGGAUGAGAUGACUAUUAUAAAGCAAACCCCAGGGCACAGAAGAAACCCCUCUAAUCAGAGCAGUCUCGAGUCUGACUCCAACUACCCGUCAUUCUCUACAUCUGAGAUAGGAGACACAGAGGAUGCAAUACAACAAGUGGAGGAGGUUGGUAUUGAGAAAGCAGCCAUGGACAUGACUGUCUUCCUGAAACUACAAAAGCGAGUGAGGGAGCUUGAACAGGAGAGAAAGAAGUUGCAAGCCCAGCUGGAGAAGAGAGAGAAAGAGAAAGAAAACAAAAGCUCCCAGGUAAUUGAAAUGAAGAAUGAAAUGGAUUUGGACCGUGAUACUGAUCUAGCAUACAACAGUCUGAAGAGGCAAGAACUGGAAUCAGAGAACAAGAAACUGAAAAAUGAACUUAAUGAACUAAGAAAGGCUAUAGCAGACCAAGCAACCCAAAACAACUCUUCCAAUGAUAUCCAAGACAGUUAUAACCUCCUACUGAAUCAGCUUAAAUCAGCCAAUGAAGAGCUGGAAGUGAGGAAGGAAGAAGUACUUAUUCUAAGGACACAGAUUAUAAACGCAGCCCAGGAAAAAGAGACCAGCAAAAAUAUGGAAUCGAGCAUCAACACGCAUCCCAGCUGGCCAAACAGUGACAAGCAUGUUGAUCAAGAGGACGCAAUUGAAGCCUACCAGGGUGUGUGCGAGGCAAACCGGUAA